AUGAGCCAAGUGCCGGUGGCUAGCUCGCAGCAGCGCUCCGUUUCCGCAGGCAAUCACCCUUCCUCUUCUUCUACUUCUUCCUCCUUCGCCGUGCCAUUUUCAUCAACAUCAGCUACAUCAACCCCGCUCCUUGCUCAGGGCUCGCUCCACGCAGGUAGCCCAACAUCGAAUCAUCUUUCAUCAUCACCCUACGCUGCAGCGGGUUCUCUACCCGCCGCUGCCACGCCUGCAUCACUGUCCCACCAGCAUAGCUCGUCGCUUGUUGGGACACCGGCCAUCCUCGCCACAACUUCGUUUCGAAAGCUCGUCUGGGACGGCACCAUCCCGAUCUGUGUCUCAGUAGACCCAGCUGAACUACCGCCAGGCUCCGAUGCAACCAUCGACUCGACGUACCUCGUGGUGCCUCGGAUCAGCUAUCUCCCGCUCAUUAUCGCUGACGUCAGGAGGAAUCUGCUCGAAUUGGUCUUGGAACAGCCUGCGCUCAACGUUCUUAAUGAAAAGGAGCUCUGGUUCGAAUAUGAGGGUCAACCGUUGAGAUGGCAUUGGCAGAUUGGGUUGCUCUACGACUACCACACUUCGAAUCCAGCUCGCACUGCGAUUGCAUAUCAGUCGUCAUCAACCAACACGACUGGGCUAGGCUCUCUGCGCCCCAAUACCCCUUUGAUACCGCAGGGCGGAUCGGAUACCGAAUUUUCAUCGGCAGCGCAACCGUCGCGACUUCCAUGGAACAUUCGGCUGCGGCUGUCAAAACUGCCUGUAGAACGACUGCACAGCAACUCGGGGCUCGAGUCCUGCAAGACAUCGUUUAUGUCGAUGAUCAAAGAGGCCGAUUUUGUACGCUAUGGAUCUACCAAAAAGGUGGUCAACCUCCGAAAACAGGAGCAAGACACGCUGUGGGACAGUGUCGUUUCGCACGACUACGAGCUAUUCUGGAGUAUUGCCAACAAGCUGGUCCCUAAUGCAGGCGUAUCUGGCUCUGAUGCCGCAGCUGGCAACGGUCUGGCCUUGGGGCGAUCUCCAAUUGCAGCGCGCACAAUGUCUCUGAACCUCGGUGGCACUCAGGAGGAUCGAACGAACGCGUCGGCUCAACGCAGCUUGACGACACUGCAGAACGAGUCACAAGCAAGUCUUGCACCUAGCACGUUGUCGACCUUGACCAGCACCACCUCUUCCGAUCCAACGUCGGCAACCAACAGCACACCGACGUCUAGUGCAGGCAACUCGGUGCGCAGCAUUCCCAUCCGAUUUUUCCUACCGGAUAACGCACCAAUUGUACAAGAGCCAGUGCCGCCCACGCUCGACGACGGCAGAGCAAACACACUAGCUGCCGUGCUUUCGGCGCUGUUCCCCUUGCUGUUUCCCCCGCCCCCGAGCUUCAGCAGCUUCCAAGCGCCCGCACCGCCGCUGGCUUAUGCGCUGGUACAGGGCGUCAGGAUGCCCUUGGAUACAGAGAUCGCUUGGUUAGGAAGCGCUCUUGUAGGACCAGAUGGCUGGGUCUCAGUAGUGGUUGGAUUGGUGAGCUGA